AUGCCUCGUCUUGUUCGGAUACUUGUCACCGACGAGGAUAAAAAAGACAGUGGCAGCAAAAAGUUUCGCGGCGUUCGGCAGCGCCCAUGGGGAAAAUGGUCGGCAGAGAUUCGAGAUCCGUCGCGGCGAGCUAGGGUUUGGUUAGGGACCUACAACACUGCUGUAGAGGCCGCCUUAGCUUAUGACGAAGCUGCUAUCCGAAUACGAGGACCCGACGCCCUAACAAACUUCCUGAAACCUCCGACUCUGACCGUGCAAGCAGCAGAACAGCAGAAGUUAGAGAAUAGCUGUUCAAAUAUAGUUUCUCCAAGCACACCUGGUGAAAGUUUGCAUGUGGCUAUGGUUACAAGUUAUGGAGGAUGUAAUGGCGGAGAUGCAAUGAUCGGACUUGCAAGGAUUUUCAUCUCCAUUGAACAGGAAACAAAUAAUUCUCAACAAGUUUUUGCUAGGGAUUAUAGUACCUAUGCUGAAUAUGUUACCUUGUUUGAUGAUUCUGCAUCAUUAUGUAGGGGGAAAACAUUGAGAAACAUUAUUGUAUCCCCAUUAAUAAUUGAUGCAUCCGUAUUGGACCCUGGUGCACAUGUUUUUUAUGCUGGAGAUAGCAAGAUAAACAUCACUGCAGUAAGAACUAUAACUGAAGAGGAGAAAAAGAAGGCUCUGCAAAUGGCCUUGGUUGCUGCCACAAAGAGAUCGAGCUCCAUUGUGGUUAUGCGGCCUUCACAUACCGUCCCUACUGCAUGGGCCAGUAGGCAUCUCCAGGUCAGAUUUUAUUUCAAAGCCUGUGUACUAGCUGGUGGUUGGAAAGAUUUUGCUUCUGAGAUCGGCAUCUUAGAAGAAUUUGAUGUGUGUGUGUCACACGUGUUUGAGCUUGCCAGUGGAACAAAUGACACGGUUGUCUUGGAUGUUAGCAUCUUCUGA